AUCACAUCUCUUAACCACCCUCGCCUUACUCAAAAGUCCCUGGCGACACCAGCUAGGGUUAGGGUUAGGGUUUUGUUCCCCUCUUAAAUAACAGAAUCAAUCUUCACUUUUCCUCACCUCAAUUUUCUACCAUGGAUCUAGCCAAGAAGCGAAAGCUCGACGAAAACGGCGUCGGAUCUUAUAACGAUGGCGAUUCCUCUCCCAAUCUCCUCACCCCGCAAGACGCUCGGAAGGUCAUCGAGCGUUUGUCCACCGACCAACUCCUGGAUAUUCUGCAGGAUGCUGUCGUGCGUCACUCUGAUGUUCUAGAAGCUGUUCGAUCUGUAGCUGAUGCUGACCCUGCUCAGCGCAAGCUUUUUAUCCGCGGUCUUGGCUGGGACACCACUACCGAUAAUCUGCGGGCGCUCUUUUCGGCGUACGGAGAACUCGAGGAGGCCGUCGUUAUUCUCGAUAAGACUACCGGAAAGUCCAAGGGCUAUGGAUUCGUUACUUUCAAGCAUGUAGACGGUGCUCUCCUCGCCUUGAAGGAGCCGUCCAAGAAGAUCGACGGGCGCGUUACUGUUACACAGCUUGCAGCCGCCGGAAACACGGGGUCCAAUUCGAAUGCUCCUGACGUGUCAUUAAGGAAGAUCUAUGUAGCCAACGUACCUUUUGAUAUGCCGGCUGAUAAGCUACUUAGCCACUUCUUGUCGUACGGUGAGAUCGAGGAGGGACCAUUGGGUUUUGAUAAGCAGACGGGUAAGUCGAGGGGAUUUGCGCUGUUCGUAUAUAAGACUGCGGAAGGUGCGCAGGCGGCUCUGGUUGAUCCAGUCAAGACGUUAGAUGGCAGGCAGCUGCAGUGCAAGCUUGCUAUCGAUGGAAAGAAAGGGAAACCCGGUGGGCCGACAGGUCAGGAUGGGACGGUUCAGGCGGGUGGGCCGGGUGUUGGAGGAGCUGGACACGUCCAUGGAGAUGGAAUGGGUAUGGCGCAUCCUCCUGGUUCCUAUGGUGGUCCUGGAGGCCCCGGUGGGUUAGGAAAUUAUGGUGGGUUUUCAGGUGGCCCGCCCCCCCUGGGGCACAUGAACUCGUCGCUGGGUGGACAAGCACCGUCUUCCUUAGGUGCUGCUGGUAGUGCAGGUGGAUAUGGGGGCGCCGUGAUUGGUGGACCAUAUGGUGGUUAUAGUGGACCAGGUUCUACAGGCUAUGGCGGGCUUGGUGUUGCUGGUGUUGCCGCUGGUGCUGGUGGUGGGUUGGCUGCUGCUGCUAGUGGAUUGUACAGGAUGCCCCCUAGCUCGAUGCCUGGUGGGUAUCCGGAUAGCGGGCACUAUAGUUUGUCCUCAGCUACUGCAUUUCCAGGUCAGCAUCACCAAGCAACAGGAACUUCGCCUGUACCAAGGGUUCCUCCCGGUGGAAUGUACCCAAAUAUGCCGCCUUAUUACUGAGGUUUGUGACAGCUUGUUGGGAGCAGAUGCUUUUUGUGGUUCUGGUGAUUGCCUGAUUGCAGACUAUAUAAACUCUGCCUUGAUGAAUAUAUUAGCUGUGCUUUUUCGGCAUCUUCUUCUCUUGAUCUGCUCCUUUAGGAUGUGCGUCAAUUCUGAGUGCUGGUUGUUGAAAUGACUGUUAGAUAGUCCUUGUACUUUUUAAGUGGCAGUUGUUUAUUCAGUGACCUGAUAUAGUUUUAAUAAUAUUAUUAGUACUGACAUUAUUUCUUGCUUUGAGCUGCAACUGUGAAUGUUUCUUGUUACUUUUUUUUAUUCUCCAGUUUCUUUUGUAUCUAUCAAAUAUACAUAUAUGUAUGGAUAUUUACUUAAAUUAGGUAAGAUGGCAGCAAAAUCUGGAGCUACAAUAAUUUUUUUUUUUUCAAUUUUCUUGAAGAAAAUUGGAUUACACAAUAAUCAGAUAGCUUGGCUGGGCCAUUUUGGGGGAUGUGGUGGGGUGGGGUUAGGGAAGGGAAUUCCAAAGUUAUUUUUAAUUCGCUAGCAAAUCUUAUACAACUUCUCACCAUUCUCACUGAAAGAUGCGGUCAGAUGUCCGGUGGCCUGCUUUUGUUUGGUCAUACCCAACGUUAAUGUCUUCUGUGCAACUUUCUUUCAAUUUAAAUGGAUUGUUUGGUGGCUUUUGGUUGAUAGGCUUAUCUUGCCGGUGGGUCUGUUGGAUAUUGCUUAUGAUAUUUCCAAUGGAAUUGUUGUCGGGUUGUAAUUUUGCUGGCUCUUGGGGUGAAGAUGUAGGUGCUUCAGGGAAGCUAAUCCAAAUAUUAAGAGAAUGAAUUGGUAAUUAAACCGUGGCCUAUUUUGAGUUGUUUAAAAUUUGAGUGUUGAUGGAGCAAGUUUCUUGUGAUGCUUCCUGUUUCCUUUGCUGGAUUGAAUUUUGUUGGUUUUGUAAUGAGCUUUUAUUGGGUUGAACGAUAAGAGUGAUGAUCUCUAAUUUGAGUCUUUCUGUGUCCAAUUAUAGGUAUUUGUUUUUUUUUUAAAACAUAAUUUAUUCCGUAUGUUCUUCCUGCCUCUUGUGGUGCAAGAACUAGCCAUUAUACUAAAUAACUAAUUGAGUGAGCGUCUGAGGUGGCUGUAACAUGUGUUGUGAGUUCUAAAAGUGCUGUUAAAAUAGUGUUCACUAAAAAAUGCUUUUAGUCAAAAGGUUUUUUGGUGUUUGGUAAAAAUAGUUGUAGAAAAGUAUUGCUGUUUUAAAAAGCAAAAGAUGUAUGUUUGGUGGAAAUGGUUUUUAAGAUUUCAAGUGUAAAUUUUUAAUAAAAGUCAGAAUUAGUUUCUAAAAGUUACAUGUUGUAUCUUUUGUGUCUAGACUUAGUAAAAAUAGAUAUUUGGUUUAUGUUUGGACAAAAGCACAUUGAAUUUUACCUAUAUAGUUGCAAAAGUGUUUUUAAAUACAAAAUCCAUUAGUACAGAUUGUCACACUUCAGUUGCAAAAUCCAUUACUACAAAUCCGUUGGUGCAACGGCGCAUAUCUUCCUUUAAUAUAGAUCCAGUGUGAUCUGUAUUCGUCCCUGUUUCUUUGCAUACAAUGUCAGUACAGCUUAUUAAUGCAAAACACAUCAGCUUUCCGUUCUCUUUUUCAUCGUUUUUUUGAGAUUAUAUUUUCAUAUUCGACCACUAUUUAUAUGAUGGCAAAACAUCUGAAUCUGUGUUUUCAUGCUUAUGUGGCUUAUAGAACCUUGAGAGAUACUAUGUGGAUUGUAUCAUGAGAUGAAUGAAGUUGUUUUAUUUAAAGCUGAUACCUGCAAGGAGCAUUUAAGAAACAAUAUCUUAUUGAUUGACAGAUAAGAGUUUGCAUAUGGUUAAUGCCUUAGAAAAUUUCUCCAGUUGCAAGUCUUGUUCAUCUUAUGCUAUGGUUGUGUUUUCUGGUUUAGUUGAGCUGAAGUUGGUUUUAUGGAUCUGUAAGUCGUAGCCUAUAGUGUAUGCCAUCAAUCCUGUAAACACUUUUUGUUUCCCUAAGGGUAAAUUAGGUUAUUAUUAGUCCUAAGAUUAUCGGUGACUGCUAGGAAGGUGCUAGUUUGGAAUGAAGAAUCUUUAUUCCAAGAUUGUAUAUCAAUGGUGUUUGAGAAUUAUAUUUGUUGACUAUCCUAGAGUUCCUGGAAUAACAAGAUAUUGUUCUCUAACUGGUAAAAAAAGCUUCCUGUUCUGGUUUUUUUUUAACCUUUGAUUUUUCGGGUCGUUUUUCUGUCAUGUGCCCCUGAGAAAAAUCGGACGGAGGCCCCCAGGACAGAUGAGAUGGAUAGUUGAUUUCUUUGACUGGAGCUAAUAGAUGCUGUGUCAACAGCCUGCUUUCGGCACGAAUUGUCUUGCGAUCCAGAAUAUCCCAAAAGUUAAAAAGCCUACAGGUUCAUCACUUCUGUCCAUUUUCCACGAAUUGGAGAUUCGCCUGUUCUCCGAAUUAAGUUAUAUCGCCAUUUUGACAGUUUGCAGGCUGAGGAAUUCCCAGAGGAAA